CCGGUGCCGCAGGCGAUGCGCGGGGCGCUGCGCCUGGUGCGGUUCCGGGGCGCCGCGGGCGGGGGGCCCCGGCUCGGGCUGGAGGAGGCGCCCGGGGGGGACCUGGUGGAUCUGAGCGCGGCCGAGCCCGACCUGCCCCGCUCCAUGCGGGAGUUCCUGGAGAUCGGGCCCCGCGGGCUGGAGCUCGCCCAGAGGGCGCUGCAGUCGGGGCAGCACCGCGUGUCCCGGGGGGCUGCGCGGCUGCUGGCGCCCCUGGGGGACCCCCAGAAGGUGAUCUGCGUGGGGCUCAACUACCACGACCACUGCCGCGAGCAGGCGGCCAAGGUGCCCCGGGAGCCCCUCAUCUUCAGCAAGUUCCCCAGCGCCAUCGCCGGGCCCUUCGAUGACAUCGUGCACCCCCAGGACACCAGCGAGCUGGACUGGGAGGUGGAGCUGGCUGCGGUCAUCGGGAAGAGGGGGCGGCACAUCGAGGAGUCGGCGGCCCUGGAGCACGUGCUGGGUUACACCGUGGCCAACGACGUGAGCGCCCGGGACUGGCAGAUGCGGCGCAACGGGCGGCAGUGGCUGCUGGGCAAGACCUUCGACACCUUCUGUCCCCUGGGGCCCGCCAUUGUCACCAAGGAGGCGGUGCCAGAUGUGCACAACCUCUGGAUCCGCUGCAGCGUCAACGGGCAGCGCAUGCAGGACAGCAGCACCCAGCACCUCAUCUUCGGGGUGCCCGCGCUCGUGGCCUGGGUGUCCCGGUUUGUGACACUGGUCCCUGGGGACGUCCUGCUGACGGGGACCCCCGCGGGAGUGGGGGUCUUUCGCAAACCGCCCGUUUUCCUGAAGCCCGGUGACGAGGUGCAGUGUGAGAUUGAGGAGCUGGGCACCAUCUGCAACAGGGUGGUGUGACGGCCGAGAGGAGCCCCGGUCCCACCUCCCCCCCGGGGGUCAAUAAAUCCACGAGCCUCUGC